GACUUAAACAUAUUUCUUAGAGAGAGCAAGUGCAAAGGAGAAUCAUUGGAGAUCCCUCUUCCCCCUAUUGAAAAAAAGAAAGAAGAAAAAGAAAGAGAGAUUUAUUGGAGGGACACUAAUUGAAGUAAGAAGCCUCCCAAUCACUCCCAUUAAUUUUGUUUUUUGCGAGUUUAAGCAAUAUCGAUCCCCAUCCCUAGCUAGGUGCCGUGAAUGAUGCUAAACUUUUGCAGAAGUACUAUUCUUCGAUCAAGUGAGAUUUGAGGAGAACAUGAAAUAAAAAGAUUAUAAAGCUUGCUGGCAUCUUGUUCUCUCGAUUGAAUCAACUACACCAGAAACACUUCAAACCUUGGAGCUAGCUAGAAAUACAACAUUUGAGGUUGUUUGGCACUUUGAUAUCAUGGAUGAGAACAGGAGUCUGGAUUCAACUUGGGGAAGAUGGAAGAGGAAGCCAAUCUUUGUUUUCUUUAGAGAUUCAAGGCUUGUUUUCAAGUUGGAUGCUCUUGGUUGGGAGAUACUAGGCAUUGCAUUGCCUGCUGCCCUUGCCGUAGCUGCUGAUCCCAUUGCUUCUCUGAUUGACACAGCAUUCAUUGGUCAUAUAGGACCGGUGGAACUUGCAGCUGCCGGAGUUUCUAUUGCCUUGUUCAAUCAAGCUUCAAGGAUUACCAUAUUCCCACUGGUCAGUAUUACAACUUCCUUUGUUGCUGAGGAAGAUACUGUUCGGAAAGUCGGCAUCAAAGCUGCAGCAGAGAAGUGCUCAGAUAAAAAUGGUGAAACAGAAGAUGAUAUGCUUGAGGACAUGGAAAAAGGUGAAGCUGGAAAAAAGAUUAUGGACUUGGAAAAGGGUUCACCUAAAAGCAGUGAAAUGAAACCGGAAAAUACGAUUGCUGAGGAAGUGGCCGUAAAAGUUGCACUAGGAACAAGUAAGAGCUCAGAAAAGAGUUUAUCAGAAAGCAGUGAACCGACGAAAGAGUCUUCGGCGCCGGAGGAUGUGGAAAAAGAUGCAGCAAGAAAGAGUGACGCGGAAGUAACACCAGAAGAAGAUUUCGAUACAACUAAGAGCAGCAAAGAUCCCUCUGAUGUUGGUUUCAACAAAAAGAAGACCAAAAUAAAACACGAGAAGCGCCAUAUUGCUUCAGCAUCAACUGCACUACUUUUUGGUGCAGUUCUUGGCGUCAUUCAAGCUAUAGUCCUAGUAUUUGCGGCCAAACCUCUCUUACAUGUGAUGGGUGUGAAAGCUAGUUCCCCUAUGCUAGCCCCGGCACUGAAAUACUUGAAAUUAAGAUCACUCGGUGCUCCUGCAGUUCUUCUAUCCUUGGCCAUGCAAGGGAUCUUUCGAGGAUUUAAGGAUACAAAAACUCCUCUAUAUGUCAUUGUUGUGGGAUAUACAACAAACAUCAUUUUAGACCCCAUACUUAUCUUUGUCAUGCGUUUGGGCAUCAGCGGUGCAGCAAUUGCGCAUGUUCUUUCUCAGUACUUGAUUUUGUCGAUCCUCUUGUUUAUGUUAAUGAGAAAAGUUUAUCUCCUACCUCCGAGCCUUAAGCAGUUGCAGUUUAGUCGAUUUUUCAAAAAUGGUGGUCUGCUGUUAGCAAGAGUGGUAGCUGUCACAUUCUGCGUGACCUUGGCAGCCUCGUUGGCUGCACGGCUGGGUGCAACGCCGAUGGCUGCUUUCCAAACUUGCUUACAGGUCUGGUUGACAUCAUCGCUUCUCUCAGAUGGCUUGGCUGUUGCUGGACAGGCAAUUCUAGCUUGUGCAUUUGCUGAGAAAGACUACAAGAAGGCAACAGCUAUUGCAAACCGGGUAUUACAGAUGAGUUUUGUUCUGGGGGUGGGGCUUGCUCUCCUUGUUGGAGUUGGCUUGUACUUCGGAGCUGGGAUCUUUUCAAGAGAUGUUAAUGUUCUACACCUUAUAAAAAUAGGACUCCCGUUUGUUGCUGCUACACAACCGAUCAAUUCAUUAGCUUUUGUCUUCGAUGGGGUGAACUUUGGAGCGUCUGAUUUUGCAUAUUCUGCAUACUCCUUGGUUGUUGUGGCCGCAGCAAGCAUUACAUCCUUGUUCAUUCUUUAUAAAAACAACGGAUUUUUAGGAAUCUGGAUUGCUUUAACCAUCUAUAUGUUUCUGCGCACAUUUGCUGGUAUUUGGAGGAUGGGCACUGGAACAGGACCUUGGCGCUUUCUCAGGAACAGAUCGUUGCCCUAGGGAUUGCAAUUACCUCUACGGCUAUCUAUACUCAAGCAACAUAUUUACGAUGCUACGUUUCUCUUUUUGUUUUAUUCCACUCAUGUUAUCAGUUAUAUAUGUACGUAAUUGGUUUACAGACAUUAAUUUUUUUUUGCAUUUGUUUUCUCUACUCUUGUUUGUGUCAGGAUUGGACCUACUAAAAUAUCUUCGUGUUAGAAUGCCAUUAAAAUUUUAUAGUAUUGGUGACUUAUUGCCAUUCAUCAUGGGCAGCAUAAAUUUGAUUACUCGAUCUAUUUAUAUAUAUAUAGUGAAAAUUGAAGCCUCA